ACCGGGUGGGGGGAGGUUAUGGGAGAACUGGCACAGAAUCAGCCUGGGCUGUUUCGUUUUCGUCCAGAGUUUCACCCCCGGGCCCUUCUGCUGAUGCAUUGUGUUCCCGUGUCAUUGAGAAUGCAGAAAUUCUCCCUCCAGGUGACAUCACGCGCCCGCUCGCGCUCGGACAUACGGGGACGACGACGACACAUCAGCCCCAGUGUGAUCUGAAGCGGAGGAACGCGAGGAAGGACUGAAAAGCGCGGUCCCUCUUCCUCCUGCUUUUUAUUUUAUUAUUUUUUUUUAACUGUAACCCACGCGCACUGCUGCACUGUGAGUCAGUGACUGACCGCGCACGCGGGACCCUGGACCUCCACUCGAGCGCAGCGGCCAGAUCGACGGCGCGCCGAACGUUAUAUAACGACGUCUCUGCUCCGGCGCAGGAGGCCACCCGCGCUCGCGCGCUUCUUCUUUCCCGGGCGAAGCGGGUCGGGUCGCGAGCGAUGUCGGUAACGGAACGUGACGCGACUUAAAGCAGCGUUUGUCACCCGCGGAGAGGUGAAGGAGCUGCAGGUCCGCCGAGUCCGAGCACAUUGGAAAAGAAUGCAGUGAGAAACAAAGGAAGUGAAAGUGGGCCUCCUGGGAUUGGCAUAUGACCAUGGCGUUGCUCCUGAUACUCUCCUUGCUGCUUGCCUUGAUCCAGCCAACCCCUUGCCACGUUUUCAUGACCUCCUCCUCUUCACAUGAGUCCAACACAACACCACAACUGACCUCGCUUGACUCUUCCCACGUUCCCUCUAGUUAUUCCGCAACCUCACCUCCCACAAAAGGACAAACAGGUGCAUCCACUGAGGGUCACACUCAAGAGCUUGCUGGAGCUGGAGGCCACCAUCUGGCCAUGGAAAGUGGGCACGAGCAUAGUGGAGAGUCUGGGGAAAGUCAAGAUGGAAUUCUCAUAGGGGUGCAUGAGAGGAAAGAUCUGGACAACCCAUCUGCCCAUACUCGGAGGCACAUGCAGGAGAGGGGUGGUGCCUCGUUAGGGGUGUCUGUGAAUUCUCCUUCGAAGACUUUGGUUCCAACGCACCCCGGAAGCCACUGGGAUAGCAAGUCUAGGUGGAAUGUGUCACUUACCUCAGCCACUCCUGCCGUGUUACCCCCUGAAGGCACCAGCAGUGGAACAGUACAAACUCACGCUGGCUCUGAUGGCUCUGACAAAGCCAGGCCAUCAUUUACAUCAUCUGCAAAAGAUCUAGGGCCCACACAGGAAACCUCUCCUUGGGGACCUCUUCUUAUGUCCGCCACCAAUCUCGGCUCAGACCACGCUCAGUCCUCGGACAUUACAGUUGCUCCCGUAAUAUGGGAGAAGGGCACGACUCUUAACAAGGUUGCUGAAGGACCACAUAGGACUACAGGAGAUAAUUGGCCAACGGCUGGGUCAGGUGACUGGCCCAUUUUGACUGCAAGUGAGACAGAGACGUCCACUGGCUCUCUGAUGACAAAGGGUGGCAGAUUGCAGAAUUUUCCAGCACAGAUCCAGACUAGUACCACGUUUACCACCAUGGCUAAAGCACCCACUGGUUCACAUUUGUGGCCUACUGUUGCAUCAUCAAUCGUUCCAAGUUCUCCCACCCCUGACUUUCAGGCUGUUUAUACACCCACGGCAGGCAUCAAAAUAAAACAGCCCAGUAUCAGUGGGGGUGGCUUGGGAAACGGUACAACACAGAUUCCUCCAACCACUAGACCCAAAGUGACAGAAGGCAGGAUUACAAAAGCUAGAGGGACCACUAGCACAACUCAUCAGCCAACUAAGACAGGGCUGACCUCCCGCACGAGCUUCUCUCCUCCCCUUCAAACUGGCCGUGAACUGGGACCGAAAGCGGGACGAGCGUUUGAGAAGAACGUGUCUGUCUUGCUGGGACAUGCUCCUUCCCUCCGGCCGGGUCCCGCCCCCUCCCUCAGCCCUCGGGACCCCUGUGUGUCAGGGAAGGGCCCCUGCUUAGUGCCGACUCCUACAAACAGCACUCUGCUGCUGUGGGGGGACCUGCGGCGCACGCUGGCCUUUGCUUGGGAGCUGCACGUUUACGGUACGGCAGUGCUCUUCCUGCUGCUUGCAGCCGGGGCCCUGCUAGGGCUGCUUCUGACCCCAGGCCUACGCUGCCCUCAUCGUGGCUGCCUAGGUGUGGCGAAUGCUCUGCUUGCAUUAGCCGGCACGCUGCGCGCCACCCUCUUCUUCCUGGACCCGUACGGUGCCCGUGAGCUCCUGCCCCACACUGGUAUUGCUGCGCUCUACAACCUGCCUCUGCCCCUGCUGCUGUGGGCACAGGCAUCGCUGAUGUUGCUGGCGUUACGGGCGGCUGGCCUGAUGCUGAUGCCCCACGGCCUGCAGCGCCUUCCGCUGGCUGGGGUGUUGGCCGUGCUCAACUGUACAGUGGUGCUGGCGGCAGACCUGCUGUCAGGGGCGCUUUCCCCGGCUGUUCCUGCUGUGUUGCAGACGCUCACCCUAGCCUGGGGGCUAGUCCUCUGCCUGUGCUUCCUGCUGUAUGCCCUCCCUCGCCUGCAGCAGCCACCUGCGCCCCCUCUAGAGGAGGCCGGGCCACGGGCUGAGGUGCGGUCCGGCCGAGUGCUGGGGAGGGUCCUAGCUGUGUGUGCGUGUCUGGGAGUGCUGUGCUGCGGUCUCCACAUCCAUGCUACGCUGUGGCUCUACGGGUGGUUGGGCCCCUGGCGCUCCUUCAGCUGGGCUUGGUGGUUGGUGCAGUUCUGGGCAAGGCUCCUUGAGUUGGCCUGGGCCUCCUUCAUGCUGCUCGUGGCCUCUUGGGUAUUCUGGAGGCCUCGGGGUCAGGACCCAGGCUUGGGAGAGGGUGUGUCAGGGACUGACCUGCCAUCCCAGUCAUCCUCGUCCACUUCCUCCCAGAGGCAUCCUUGCUGGGCCAAGAUUGUACAGAGCUUGCAGGGCCGACCAUGCAGGAAGUCAGAGAGCAAUGGGUUGGGGGAGGUCCCGAACAACUGGGCCGGCCAAGAGCGCCCAGGGGCCGACAUCAGCAAGAGCCUAAUCCGCAACCGUGACCAACCGCCUGGUUCACGUAGUGUGAAGGAUAGCAACCGCGGGCGGAACCAGAAGGUUGGCGGCUCUGCAGGCUCCCUCCUGCGCCUGCAGUCUCUGGGGCGCCCCCCGCAGCGCUCGCUCAGCAGCAGCCUAGACCACCAGAAGGAGUGGGCUCUUGAGAAGGAGUCCAUCCUUUCCCUCAAUGACUUCGACUUGCGGCCCCCAUCUCCCAUCGACUUGAGCCGCAGUAUCGACGAGGCUCUGCAUCGCGAGCAUUUGCUGCGAGGGGGCAUUCUCUUCAGGACCCUGUCCCCCCCUUCCCCAACAACCCCGGGCUCCCGCCGUCACCCCUUGAGUUCCUGGCCGCGCCGCAGCAGCGACCCCCAGCUCAACCUUUCGGAGAGUUGUGGUCAGCCAGAGGAGCAGAUGGAAAGGACAGAGACAGUCUGCCCAUCGGUGGGUAGAGUGACCAAAAAACAAACCACCGCUCCUGCGACACCCACUCACCAGAACUAUGAGCUCGUCCCAGAAUGUGACUGGGACUGCGCCUCCAGUGUUCCCUCUUCUAUUUCCUGCCCCGUCUCCUUACGCUCCUGCAGACCCCCAGUGCAGCUGCGGGCCGCAGUGGGGGAUGACACCAAGCCCUUCUUGACCCCAGACUCCGAGCCUGAUGGGGCAGCAGCAGACCUGAACCAUGUGGCCGCGCGGAGCUUUCUGGAAGUCGGCAGACAUGAGGAUUCCACCAGUGUGAGCAGUGAAAUCAUUGACCUCUGAGCUCCCGAAUACGACCACCCACCUUCCCCGUGUUCACUCUAGUUGAGCAGGUCCUGUAACACAGGAUACACACAGGCGUGAUGGUAAAGAGUGCGAUGGUGCAGUACAUCAUCAGACCUGGCGUGAAUUCCCACAUCAGUACUACAUGUACCUUUAUUAGACCUAAUGGCUACACUGUUGGGCUUUAUGUGCUUUUACUCAAAGGACUCUGUCAAACUCCAGCCAAACUGUCCACUAGUUUAUUGGACCUUGUGUCUGACCAUGAUCACGCACCCAGAAUCCUUUUACCGUGACCAUUCAAAGCAGGGUGGCUCAGUGUCGCAUCCAGGUAGCUGUUGGGUUAGUUACCCCUCCUGAGGGAGCUGCUUUGUCCUCAGGUCCAUAUUCUGCUAAGAGCACUGAUAAAGCUACGCCACACUAGGCCAACGAGCAGAUGAUGUAACAGCCAAGUUUAUAGUCAUGUAGCCAGACCUUUGACCACAGGGUUACAGGUACUGGUAUAAAAUGAACACUAUAAAAUUGGAUGCAAUAUAAGUGGCCUGACAGAAAUGAAAAUAGACAUGGAUACAUAUGUAAUACUUCUACAGUAUUAUUUGUACACUAUGUUAAUAUUUCACUGGUGAUGAUGAUAAUUCCAAGACCUUUAUAAAUGGCUACUUACAUUGCUUGUAACAGCAUAUAGAUAUCUCACAGUAAGGUUAACUAAGGUACUAGGUCUCAAACACUUGUUUCUGCUAUUACGAUGUUUGUUUAUUUUAUGAUCUCUUCUUUUGACCUGUUUUUUCCUUUAUUUGACAUGUGUGUGCCAUACACAAUGGCUGACACUUCCUUUCCAACCUCCCAUGCGGCAGGAUCCACCUGUACUUAUUCCUAAUGGCACUUUAAAGCAAACAGGUGAUCAGAAGAAACCCCGAAAUGUGCCUUGGUGUCUGUGAGGGUGACGUGAACAUCUCAUGGAUCGCUUCCCCUCCAUCCAAAACAUAUGGCUCCUCAAACCCUGAAGGGAGGAAAUGCUCAAAGCAAGAAGGACUGAUAUUUUUUCUAAGCAGUCCUGUGACUUUGCACUACUAGUUAAAACUGUGCUGCACCAUUUUCCUAUUUGCACAUAAGAGCAGGAAAAAGUACCAAUGACAAACAUGGAAAAUACUGUUUGAGCAGCCUUUGGACUAUAAAGCGUAACCAGCUACGGCAGGUUUCAAUUUUAAAUGGGGCUUUUUAUUUACUCUGUGAUUCAAGUCCUCUGUUCUAAUGCACGGCUUCAUCCCUGGAGCGAGGCAUUCUCACGUCCCGCCUUUCCUGUUGCACAACUCGCCAGAAGCCGGAAAACUUCCGUUUUUUUCAGACUCACGGCAGCUUCAGACAAUAAUGUCAGGAAUAUGAAAUGCUUUACACUCAUUGCGAUAUUACUAGCAGACAACAGUGACAAUGUACAUUUUCACUGCAUUCGGCAGACAUCGUGAGAGUACUUUCACUCCAAAAAGUGCCACGUAAUACUCUAUAAGGACUGGACUACGUCAUGGACUGCGAUAAGUAGUGUACAUACAAUAUCAGCACUUACGACCACUGAGGUCGCACAGCUUCACAGAGAUGCAGGAAGGAAGACCGAGAAGCCAGGAAGCAGUGCAUUUGAUAUAGCUGUAUAGCACCCUUCCCGCUGUGUUGCCUCAGAAAGCUUAACAUAGGGUAGUGUAAAAAUAUUAAGUGAGCGCAACGAGUAGCAUUAGAAAUAACACUGACUGACAACUUAGAAGAAAAUAUGGUGAGGAAAAAGCUGGAAAGCAAGAGAGAAAAGGAAACAAUUUCUAAGGCUGAUACAAGAGAAAACCCUCUGUGUGUCCAAAGCCAGCUGGCUGCCCACCCCUUUCUAGCUAAGGAAAUAUCAACAGAAAUAAUUUUACAAAAGAAUUAUUUUGUAAUAAUGAAAAGAAAUGGGGCGAUAAUGUAAAAAAAAAAAAAAAAGAUGUAUUUUUUGAAAAGGGUAUAAGUGCAUAUAGAUACAAAAGACAAUCUGAAGUCACUCCGGAUUACAUGCCGUUCUGUAUCGUUAGUCCUGUUGCUGUUGUCUUUGAGCUGCUGUGUUGAUGUGUGUUUGGGCUUACAGACACAAGGACCCCUUUGCUUCGGUGUAAGGUCUCCAUCAGCAGCAUUCAGCACAGUGGGGCGGGGGGGUAUGGACUUGUGUAACCCAUACAUUCCUUGGUAACUGUUUGGGUGUAACUGGCGAAUUUUGCAUUCUAGUAUUCAGAGACAAAGCGAGCCGGUACAAAUUUUCACUCUGGAGAAGUUUUGUCUCGCCUCCCUUUUAACGUGAAGUGCUGCCUUGUGUAGUAUUUGAAACGAUGGCUUGGUCGUUGUCCGUGUUUACCAGAUCAAGUGUUGUGUGUUGCUUCUUUGCCUCGCCCUUACUCAUUGGAUUUGUGUCCCAUCAGUGAUUGAGAACCAGUUAUUGCGUACGUGUGUCUUAACAGACAGGGGGUAUGGCUGCACAUUACGUGUUCCUAGUCAGACAUCUCCUCUUUCUCACAUCAUCUGAAAUUGUGUGGAGUUGCCUGUUGAAGUUCCUUGUUUCUUACAUCUGUGAAACCACUCCCUCUCCUCCAGUUCUAUCUUUCUGCUAAAGUCUCAUAUUUGAUUUUGAAUAAAUGUACAA